UAUAUUCCUCUAAUAAUUUCUGCUCUGCUCCUCUUCACUCUGUAUUCUGCUCUCUUCUGUACCACAUAUACUUAGGGUUAGGGUUAGGGUUAACCCCUCUAACCCAUCUAACCUUACCUCUCAAUUAUACUCCUCUGUACUUAACUUCACUCCUCAUUACAUUAGAAUACUCUAGCCCUCGAUACUCAAGUCCUCUUCCAUCUACUCCAUUACCCCUCUUUACUUCACUGUACCUGUCCCUACUCAUUUCUAUUUGACUUCUCAUUACUCUACUCUACCCCCCUCCACCUCUCUCUACUCUAUUCUAUUCUGUUUGACUUUAAUAUCUUCUCAUCCACUCCUUCACACAGUCCUCUUGUUUAUUCGGCUGUGCUUGUUUUCCUUGUUCAGCUCAGUUUCCUCUAAUUUGUGGUCUGGCUUUUGGUUUUGAUCACAGCCAUAAUGAAAGACAAAGGCUUGAUGCACUGAUACCAUCCUAACCAGAGUCGCCUAUGAUGCCACAUUUGUUAUGACUGGGACCUUGGGGUGGGGCUCUGAUACGCAUCCAGGGGAAUGUAAUUACCCCCAAAAUGCAUGUUUUUUUUGUCUCUCUUUAUCUUGUGUAACAAUGAUUUCAGUUGAAUUGAUCUACAAAUAUUUAUCUUGGAAUGUAUCUCCAGUUUAUUCUCAUGUUUUUGUUCACUCCUCUUGAAAUCCCUUACUCUUGUCUAAAGGAAGGUCAGCUGAAGAACCAAAUGCUUCAGAGUCUCUUGCUUGAGGGAUCUUCAUCAGCGUUGAAGUGUCUGCAACGUUUACAGUUUGUGCUGUGGGUCUGACAGUACAGCACAUAAACACACCACAACCUCAAAGCUGUCUUGAUAGUCUGAAUACCAGGAGUUCCCCCCCAGCACACGAAGCCACAGCAGAUUUCUGGUUACGGCUCUGGUCUCCACUAACCCAGAGGGAAAUAUCUGGCUCCACUAUGUUCACCAGUUUGCUGCUGACUUCAUCUGUCUCUUGUUUGGCCUUUGACAGGUGUACAAGGCGUGUGCUGUGUGAUGGCGCUGUGCUCUGAGGCCUGUGUCUCCGGUUCAGGAGGAGAAUCCUCGGGGAGUGAGGCUGGUUCUAGCUGUCUUCAGUUUGGGGUUCGUUCCUAUCUGCACCACUUCUAUGAGGAGUGCUCGUCCUCCAUGUGGGAGAGAGACCCGGAGGAUCAAGGGUUCGUCCGGAGCCAGAGGUCAACCCUGUGGUGGAACUCAGCUGUGUGGAAGGUGUCCUUGGCCCUGGGUCUGCUGAUCCUGACUGCAGGUAUUGCCAGCCUGUCAGUCGGUUACUCCACUCCUCAUAAAAUUGAGUCAUUCGGAGAGGGAGACCUGUUUUUUGUGGACGCCCAGGCCGCAAACUUCAACAGGGGGCUGCACCUCAGCACUGCGGCCGGGAUCGGCCUCUCUUGUCUUGGCUCAGCUCUGGCGGUGAUGGGGGUUGUUGUUUGGCUCCUCCCCAGGGCCAACUUCAAGGAGAGGCUGUUCCACAGACCCGGUGAAGGAGAACGGAGAGGAGAGUCUGGGUCAAAGUGGAGGGUUUCAAGGGAUGUGGUCACUAGGCCGCCAGGUAUAGAGGAAGAAAAGAUACCCGUCACACUGUCAAAAGUGGAAAAUGUGCAGCCCACUUCUUAAAAAAGAUUCAUGCUGAGCUACAUGGUGUAUAGGCUUUUGUUCUCGUCCUUGGGCCUCAUUUAAUGGUCUUAUUAUUGUUUCUAAAGGAAACAAGUGUCAUUUUAGUAUGCAGAUUGUUCAAAUGGAGGUUGUUUUGUGACAUGGAUAUACAGUAAAGACAUAAAGGUCUGGACACCCGAAAGCUGAAGCUGAAAAGUCCAAAAUAGAGAGAAUUAUCAUAGUUUAUUAAAGUAACUAACCGUUAGUUAACUGACCGUUAGCAGCUUGUUGGCUUGAAGAGCUUUAUUUUCUGUCCUCAAUAGCUUUAAUUAAGUAAACAGAACAAAAGAGAGAAAACAGAGAGAAGCUUGCCAGCUACAAUAUCACAUCACCAAAAACCCUUCAAGUAGAUUCAUUUCACAUAAACAAGCUUAUGAUUAUGGUGUGACUUCUGCUUAAGACGUACUUCUCAGGAUUUAAAAGCACAACUUGAAUAAUUAAUCCAAAAUAAAAAUGUAUAAAUGAGGCCUCAAGACUUGUGGCUCUAGUAAGCAUAUCUUGUACUGCAGGAUGAGGUAUAGUUGUUGACCAUAGACUGUGUUCGUGCAGUGUUGUAUUUUAAAAACGUCCACCUCAAUGCUCAAAGAAAGCAGAAUCCUAAUGACUGGAAAAUUAUACGUUUUAUAUGUUUUCCCCGCUUGUUUGUGGUAUCUGUGCUCAAUAUUUUUUUAACAGUUAUUUUUUCAAAUAUAAGUGGCACCAUUUUU